UGUUACCGAAUGAGUGGGGACGUGAGUUACUAUGGUGCGAUAAUAGGAUACGCAUGAACUGGUUGCGAUCUGGCUACGGGAAAAAGUUUUGAGAGGAAAGUAACGGAUAGUUGGCAAAAUACUCUGGCUUCGCACUCAAUGCCAAAAUAUAGAGUUUGGAGGCACACUCUGCCUUCGCGAAUUCACAGUUCAAGCGUUCGAACUUCUUGGAAGAUUGGAAAUAAAACAAUGUUUAAUCUCCAGAGAGCAAAAACCGCCGUUUUCGAAAAGGUAAUUUCUGGGGAAUGACAAACGUUCCGCUACAAGGAGCAACUGAUGAGAGCUGCUCGGUGCCUGUUUCUUCUACUCACCAUUAGAACUGGCUGUUUCUGCCCUGCAGCUGAACAUUCUCCAAUGGUUGGGGGCUUUUGGAGUUUUGGCAGCUCGAUUUUUUCCCUCCAGAUACACCUGUGCUCAGAAUGGUGUGUAGAGCUGAGAAUGUGGGACGAAUCAACAGGCUUUCGUUAAAACAUGACUUACUGUUAUGGAUCUCAUGUGAGCUGUCGAAGAGGAAACGUGUACAGGGCGCAAGUUACACUUCAGAGUAGGCCUACUUGUUUAAUUCUAUAGGGGUUGUGUUCACUAUGAUCUAUUACUUAUUCAACCGACUGGAUAUUAUCAACAAGAUGACCAAGAUGCUUCAACAUACCAGAUGGCGUUGAAAAGAACCUGCGUGCUGCUCUUCUAAAUAAUUACACGUCGUUCAACUUUGCGUCUUUACCCCGUCAAGAAGACAUAAGCUAGCCAAUGUCUGCCUGCAGCAGUUCGUCCCUUCCGCCCUUACCUAGGCUUUACCCCCUCUCUGUGGCCCCCCACCCAGUGGCCCCACCGACUCCCUCGCCGUCUCCAAGCCCGCCGGCAACGCUCUACGGUCGGCUGUCAAAUGGGAGUCUCAGCGCCCCGAGCCCCACCAACUCCCAGUGCUCUUUCCACGGGGUGUCUUUUCUCCUCCAGAUCGGACUCACCAGGGAAACGGUGAGCUUGGAUGCCAGCGAUCUGUCCGGGCUAGCUGCGGUGAAGGAGCUUGUAUGUUCAAUAGUGGAUCAAAAGUUCCCGGAGUGUGGAUUCUUUGGCAUGUACGACAAGAUCCUUCUGUUCCGCCAUGACCUGACUUCGGAGAACAUCCUGCAGAGGCUGUCGUCAGCGGAGGACAUCCAUGAGGGAGACUUGAUCGAGGUGGUCCUCUCCGCUCUGGCCACUGUUGAGGACUUCCAGAUCCGUCCCCAUGCCUUGUACGUGCACUCCUACAAGGCCCCAGCCUUCUGUGAUGAUUGUGGGGAGAUGCUGUGGGGCCUGGUCCGACAGGGCCUCAAAUGUGAAGGAUGUGGGCUGAACUACCACAAGCGCUGUGCCUUUAAGAUCCCUAACAACUGCAGCGGGGUGAGGAAGAGACGGCUGUCCAACGUGUCCCUGCCUGGAGCCGUGCUGUCAGUCCCCCGCCCAGCUCCCAUUGAACACGUCCCUACACCCCAGGAAGAGCUGCGCCCUCUCCUGGGGGCAGGGAAGCGUAACAGCCUGUUAAGCGGCAGACCUAUCUGGAUGGAGAAGAUGGUGCUGGGACGAGUCAAGGUGCCGCACACCUUCUCAGUGCACACCUACACCAGACCAACCAUCUGCCAGUACUGCAAACGCCUGCUGAAGGGCCUGUUCCGUCAGGGCAUGCAGUGCAAAGAUUGCAAAUUUAACUGCCAUAAGAGAUGUGCGGCCAAGAUACCAAGAGACUGCCUUGGUGAGGUUUCCUUUAACGGAGAACCAGCCAGCCCAGGCCCCGACUCUGAGGCCACCAUGGAGGUGGACAACAGUUAUGUGAACAGCGAGUGUAGCCAGAGCAUGGAAGACCCAGAGGAGCCCUCCACCCCAGAAGACAAGUUCUACAUAGAGGGGCCCUGUCUGGAAGGGGACAAGGACGAGGAGACAGUCAAGGCUAUCAGCCCCAUGACGAGCACUUUCAUCCCCCUAAUGCGGGUGGUUCAGUCCAUAAAACAAACCAAGCGGAAGAGCUCAACCAUGGUUCGGGAGGGGUGGAUGGUCCACUACACCAGCCGAGACAACAUGAGGAAGAGGCAUUACUGGAGGCUGGAUAGCAAGUGUCUGACCCUGCUGCAGAACGAAACGGGAUCCAAGUAUUACAAGGAGAUCCCGCUGUCAGAGAUCCUACAGGUGGAGCAGGUGCAGGACUUCCACAGCCUGGCCCAGGGCAGCAACCCUCACUGCUUCGAGAUCAUCACCGCCACCAUGGUCUACUACGUUGGGGAGAAUAACAGCGGUCAAUUCCAUAACCCUGCCCUGGCUGCCACCGGCGUGGGGCUAGAGGUGGCCCAGGGCUGGGAGAAGGCCAUCCGGCAAGCGCUGAUGCCUGUCACUCCCCAACCCAGCGUCUGCACUGGCCCUGGACAGGGCAAGGAUCACAAGGACCUUUCAAUCAGCAUAUCAGUGUCUAACUCACAGAUCACAGAGAAUGUGGAUAUCAGUUCAGUCUACCAGAUCUUUGCUGAUGAGGUCCUGGGGUCGGGCCAGUUUGGGAUUGUGUAUGGAGGUAAACACAGAAAGACUGGGAGAGACGCGGCCAUCAAAAUCAUCGACAAGAUGAGGUUCCCUACCAAGCAGGAGAGCCAGCUGAGGAACGAGGUGGCUAUUCUCCAGAACCUUCACCAUCCUGGGAUCGUCAACCUGGAGUGCAUGUUCGAGACUCCCGAGCGGGUCUUUGUUGUCAUGGAGAAGCUCCAUGGCGACAUGCUGGAGAUGAUCUUGUCCAGUGAGAAGAGCAAGCUCCCUGAGCGUCUCACCAAGUUCCUAGUCACACAGAUCCUGGUGGCUUUGCGGCAUCUCCAUUUUAAGAACAUCGUUCACUGUGACCUGAAGCCUGAGAAUGUUCUGCUGGCUUCCGCAGAGCCUUUCCCUCAGGUGAAGCUUUGUGACUUUGGCUUCGCUCGCAUCAUUGGCGAGAAGUCGUUCAGGCGCUCUGUGGUGGGCACGCCCGCCUACUUGGCGCCUGAGGUCCUACGCAGUAAAGGCUACAACCGUUCCCUGGACAUGUGGUCGGUGGGCGUGAUCGUUUACGUCAGCCUCAGCGGGACCUUCCCCUUCAACGAGGACGAGGACAUCAACGACCAGAUCCACAACGCUGCCUUCAUGUACCCUCCCAACCCCUGGAAGGACAUCUCUGGAGAGGCCACAGACCUGAUCAACAACCUCCUCCAGGUGAAGAUGAGGAAGCGCUACAGUGUGGACAAGUCUCUCAGUCACCCCUGGCUCCAGGAUUAUCAGACGUGGUUGGACCUCCGGGAGUUUGAGACACGCCGAGGGGAGCGCUACAUCACCCACGAGAGCGAUGACACCCGCUGGGAGGAGUACGCCGACGAGAGAAGCCUGCACUACCCCAAGCACUUCAUCAUGGCGCCCAAUCUGGACGACAUGGAGGAGGACCCCUAGUGGCCGGGAGGACUGCCUGCAGGAUGCAAGUGUUUCAGGAGGAGUUCACAGGGCAUACUGGGACUCGGAGUCUCAUGGCUAGUGCUUGGGUCCCUGGAACCUGCCACUCCUGGCUGAGACUGUAAGCUUAAACAGGCAGAGAUGCAUAUAUUAGCCUACAUGUAUGUGCAUGAAGGUGUAAUCGUGCACUACUACAUUGAACAGACAGGAGGCGAUGCAGUGGACAGGCAGCAGUGGGGUGGUACAGUACCAUGACAUGGGAACACACAAUGGUGUUGUGAGGGAAGGGGUGAUGUUCGAGUAUCUUUAAGUUGUUUUGUUUUCAUCACAUUCCAGAGACAAGGCUUCUUUCUCCGCCGGCUGCCUUCUCUACAAGCCAUAAUAUACAGUGUGUCUCAUAUGAGCCUGAAAGACAUACAUUACCUUUGUGGGUUGGUUAGAUAGGGAUUCCCCAGCAACAGUAAUAAACAUUUGCACUGCCUUUCAACCCAGAAAAGGGGUUUCUAUAAAAUAUGGUUACUUUAGACCAAAUCCUGGAGACCGAGAAACAGUCAAGCUUUUCAGCUUCAAUAGCAUAUUGUUUUAAUGUUGUUAGUUUAACAUGUGUAUUUGAAAUCUCUUCACGACUACAUUCAAUUGUUAGUUUUCCAUGAGAGUGCUAAUUUUGGAAAACUUUUCUUUCUAUUGGUUUUAUGUAAUGCUAUUGAACUGGAACACUUAAACGGAUACUUUGGGAUUUUUGCAAUUAAGCACUUUCCUUCCCAAGAGUCAGAUGAUCUCGUGGGUACCAUUUUUAUGUCUCUUCAUCAAGCAUGAAGGAAGUAAGAGGUAUUUUCGCAAGCCAAUGCUAACUAGCGUUAGCGGGAUAUGCCUGGUAGUCUAUGGAAUCUACUAGCAUGCUAGCAGUUACCAUAGACUCCCAGGCAUUGCACUAACAGUAGUUAGCAACUUCCUUCAAACUGCACGCAGAGACAUAAAAAUGGUACCCACGAGUUAAUCUGACUGGGGAAGUAGAUAAAGGGCUUAAUUGCCAAUCUCCUGUAGUAUCCUUUUAAUACAAAAUAUGCUAAUGUCGUGAAUAUUCACUCAGUGGCUAGUUUAUUAGCUACACCAUCCCGUUCACAAAAAUGGUUCGCUCCUACAGACAGUGAGUCACGUGGCCGUGGCUUGCUAUAUAAAGCAGGUAGACAGGCAUCGAGACAUUCAGUUACUGUUCGAUUAAACGCUAGAAUGGGUAAGACGAGUGACCUAAGCAACUUUGAGUGGGGUAUGAUUGUCGGUGCCAGGCACGCCUGUUCCGGUAUCUCUAAAGAACGUCCGUUCUCCUGGGCUUUUCACGCACGACAGUGUCUGGGGUUUACUGAGAACGGUAAACGAAAAACAUCUAGCCAGCAAUAGACCUGUAGGCGAAAACAGCUCGUUGAUGAGCGCUUGAAGGAGAAUGGCAAGAAUCGUGCAAGCUAACAGGCGGGCCAUGAAGAGGCAAAUAACAGUGCAGUACAACAGUGGUGUGCAGAACGGCAUCUCGGAACGCACAACUCGUCUGUCCUUGUCACGGAUGGGCUAUUACAGCAGACGACCUCACCGGGUUUCACUCCUAUCAGCUAAAAACAAUAAGAAGUGGCUUCAGUGGGCACGCGAUCACCAACACUGGACAAUUGAGGAGUGGAAAAACAUCCCAAACAAAUCCCGGUUCCUGUUUCGUCAUGUGGAUUGCAGAGUCAGGAUUUGACGUAAGAAGCAUGAGACCAUAGGCCCAUCCUGCCUGGUGGCAACGGUAGAGGCUGCUCAAUUGGUAACAAGGCACAAGUUAGAUCCCGUGUUACCAAUUGAGCAACGUUUUCAUUUCCCAAACAAUUCAGGCUGUUCUGGAGACAAAGGUGGUCCGACCCGGUACUAGUUGGGUGUACCUUAUACACUGUUCACUGACCACAUAUAUAUUUAUUUUGCUUAUUCGGUGAGAUGUUUUUUUGCACUUUUAGGUAACUGUAAUCUCUGGCUCCCUUAUUGGAUGCCUUGAAUGAUGUUGUGAACCAAUCAGCAGCUGCUCCACACGGUCUUAUCAUCCCUCCUUAGAAAAAUGCCAGAUAAAAAAAAAAUGAAGCUAACUCAAGCCUGAGAAUUCUACCGGUAGAAAUAUAAUUAAUAGAAGUAAUUCUAUUUUUAGGAUUCUACCAUUUUUUUAAAUAUAUAUAACUACGAACAUUCUGGAUGUCAUCUAAAUGGAGUACAGUGCUAAGUGUCAGAAAAACAUUGAUAUGAUUGCUCAAUGAUAACCAAUCCUAGGAAAUUGUAGAUAUUAACUCUCUGCUCUCAGCCAUACCGUUAGCUAACAAAUGUUAUAUUUUUUAAUGAAGUAAAGAUAGUUGAUAAAUGUUUUUCAAGUACCAAAUGUAUGAUUUUUGUUCAAGAACUGAUGGGCCUUCUCAAAGCUUUGCCUUAUUUCUUUCCCUUCCUUGUUUCGUUACAUGACCAAUACCUUGUUGUUCCUUAUGUCCUUUGUCCUGUUGUGUAUGUAUGGUUGACUGGGUCCACCCAAGGCCAGAACCACUGCUGUACUCCGGUGAGAGGGCUGCAGAGCCAAGUAUUCCAGCAGAUUCACCACGGAUACAUCCCAAAUGGCACCCUAUUCCCUAUACAGUGCACUAAUUCUGACCAGAGCUAUUCCCUAUAUAGGGAAUAGAGCGCCAUUUGGGAUGUAUCCAAACGUUUGAGCACAUUGAAAGCAUGGGAGGAUACAGAGAAAGCAGCAGAAACAUUUACUCCGUACUCUGUAAUAAUACAAUGAAUGCAACAUGUUUGCUGAAGAGAGAAAUCCUAAAUGUGUCAUAGAGAGAAGAAGAGGAACGUGGCUUACCAUGCCUUCAAUACCGUGUGAGUGCGUGUUACAUUUUCUCUGUGUUUAGUGUUUUUCCCAUCCCAACCUAAAUCACGAAUUGACCCUGUCUCAUUGAGUGAUGGCCUUAAUAACAUACAAAUCCAUCAGAAAUAAAAUAGUAGGGACUUGUCAUGCUCACCGCAGGAUACCCAGUUAAAACAUACAGUAAAGGAGUAAAAAGAAUGAAUGCAGAAUUAAUUGACUGUGCAACUGUGCGCCGGGCCAAAAAAAUGCAGAUUUUUAUUUUGUGAAAACACCAAGUGACUUAAGUGAGACACCAAUAUGUUUUCUUCUCCCUCUCCUUACUUUGGUAUCAGCCUAAUUCGGUCUCAACCCACCACUUUGGACGGUGAAACAACGUUCUGAACUUUGCCAUACAGUAUACUGUAUUUUCAGUGUACAAAGUUCAUGUAGAAGGGUAAUAAUGACUUAAACCUGAGAUUCAUUUGUAGUUUGUGUUGCCACUGGAUUGGCAGAUGUCAGUUUUUUCUUUAUUUCAAUAUUGACAUAUCUAAUAAAACAUUUUCUCGGACACUA